AAACCCUCUAAUUAAUAUUUUUUUUUAAUGAAUGUGGCAAGUUCAUAGAUCAAUUAAUAUAAAACGGAGAGGGUAGUGCACAUCCGUAAAUUACACUUGUCAUUAAUUAAGUUUAUAUCCUUCACAGGGCACCCGUGCAACUCUCUUUGUCUGCAUACUUCCCAUGAUCAAAGUUGACUAAUGAACUCUAUCAGUUAUCAUCCAGUAGAGCACAAACUUUCAGCUUUUGGACGCAAAUUCAUCUCCUCUAUUGCCUUCAUUGGUACCACAUCUACUUCCCCUCACCAGCUUCCGAAGAACAUUGUUCACUCAAAACCCGAUAUUCUCCAUGCCCAUCUCAUAAAGACCCAGAAUCUUGAACGCAAUACACAUGCUGCAAAUUCUGUGCUAUAUGCUUAUGGUGAAUAUUCAAGAAUGGAAAAUGCAGCCAAGGUGCUUGAAGAAAUGCCUGAACCAAAUUCUAUUUCCUGGAACCUGAUGAUUUCUAAUUCUAAUAAGGCAUUACUGUACCAGGAUUCUUGGGGGAUAUUUUGUAAGAUGCAUAGGUUGGGGUUUGAGAUGAAUUUGUAUACAUAUGGUAGUGUUCUUUCAGCUUGUGGUGCUUUAACAUCUACAUUGUGGGGUGAGCAGGUUUAUGGGCUUGUGAUGAAAAAUGGGUUUUUCUCAGAUGGAUAUGUAAGAUGUGGGAUGAUAGAAUUGUUUUCGAAAUGUAGUAGGUUUCAUGAUGCUUUAAGGGUGUUUUAUGAUUAUUUGUGUGAUAAUGUGGUUUGCUGGAACGCGAUUAUAUCAGGGGCGGUAAAAAAUAGGGAGUAUUGGGUUGCGUUGGAUAUUUUUAGCCGAAUGUGGGGUGGGUUCUUGAAGGUUAAUGAAUAUACUAUUCCGAGUGUACUGAAUGCUUGUGUUUCGUUGUUGGAACUUCAAUUUGGCAAGAUGGUUCAUGGAGCGGCUAUAAAAUGUGGUCUGGAGACUGAUGUUUUUGUGGGGACUUCUAUUGUUGAUUUGUAUGCAAAAUGUGGGUUUAUGGAUGAAGCAUUUAGGAAACUCAUGCUAAUGCCGUUCAGCAAUGUUGUUUCUUGGACUGCCAUGCUAAAUGGUUUCGUGCAGAAUGGUGAUCCUAUUUCUGCUUUUCAAAUGUUUGCAGAAAUGAGGAAUAAAGGGGUAGAGAUUAAUCACUAUACUGUCACUUGUGUGCUUGCUGCUUGUGCUAAUCCUGUAAUGACAAAAGAAGCAAUCCAAAUCCAUUCUUGGAUCUAUAAGACUGGAUUUUAUCAGGAUUCAGUUGUGCAAACGUCUUUAAUCAAUUUGUACUCGAAGAUAGGGGAAGUUGUCUUAUCUGAACUAGUCUUUGCAGAGGCUGAAAAUCGGCAGCACCUAAGUUUGUGGUCUAACAUGAUAUCCGUUCUUGCCCAGAAUAAUGAUUCUGACAAGGCAAUUCAUCUAUUUCAGAGAAUACUCCAAGAGGACUUGAAACCUGAUAAGUUCUGUUGUUCUAGUGUCUUGGGAGUUGUAGACUGUCUAGACUUGGGUAGACAGAUACAUAGCUACACUCUUAAAUCGGGGCUAAUCUCUAAUGUUAACGUGAGCAGCUCUCUGUUCACGAUGUACUCAAAAUGUGGUAGCAUAGAGGAAUCAUAUAUUAUAUUUGAGCUGAUUGAAGAUAAGGAUAAUGUCUCAUGGGCCUCAAUGAUUUCUGGUUUUGUAGAACACGGUUUUUCAGAUAGAGCUGUUGAACUGUUCAGAGAAAUGCCUGUGGAGGAAAUCAUCCCUGAUGAAAUGACACUAACUGCUAUCCUUAACGCAUGUAGUUCUCUUGAGACAUUGAAGUCUGGCAAAGAAAUUCAUGGCUUCAUUCUUCGACACGGUGUUGGUGAGCUUCGCAUUGUCAAUGGUGCCAUUGUGAAUAUGUAUACAAAGUGUGGUGAUCUACUUUCAGCAAGAAGUUUCUUUGAUAUGAUACCCCUUAAAGAUAUGUUUUCAUGUUCUUCCAUGAUAUCGGGGUAUGCUCAAAGGGGUUAUUUGGAAAACACACUUCAGCUGUUCAAGCAAAUGCUGAUAAAUGAUUUAUAUAGUAGUUCCUUUACAAUUUCUUCUGUUCUUGGAGUUAUUGCUCUUUCUAACAGAUCUCGCAUUGGCAUCCAAGUGCAUGCACAUUGUAUAAAACUGGGAUCACAAUCGGAAGCAUCGACAGGAAGUUCACUGGUUAUGAUUUAUUCAAAAUGUGGAAAUAUUGAUGAUUGCUGCAAAGCAUUUAAAGAAAUUGUGGCACCUGAUUUGGUCAGCUGGACUGCGAUGAUUGUAAGCUAUGCUCAAAAUGGAAAAGGGGGUGAUGCUUUGCAAGUUUACGAGUUAAUGAGGGAUUCAGGAAUCAAGCCUGAUUCAGUGACUUUUGUUGGUGUUCUUUCUGCUUGUAGCCAUGCUGGUUUGGUUGAAGAAGGGUACUUCUUUCUAAAUUCAAUGAUGAAAGACUAUGGAAUUGAGCCUGGUGCUCGUCAUUAUGCCUGUAUGGUAGAUCUUCUCAGUCGCUCUGGUAGAUUAACUGAGGCUGAGAGGUUUAUUAGUGAUAUGCCUAUAAAGCCUGAUGCUUUGGUCUGGGGAACACUACUUGCUGCUUGUAAAUUGCAUGAUGAAGUUGAGCUAGGAAAGCUGGCAGCAAAAAAGAUCAUGGAGUUGGAGCCUAGCGAAGUUGGUGCAUACAUCUCAUUGUCAAAUAUCUGGGCUAGUGUGGGUCAAUGGGAUGAAGUCUUGAAAGUAAGAGGUUCAAUGCGAGGAACUGGGAUAGCGAAGGAGCCUGGAUGGAGUUCUUUGUGAAAUACAUUUUCAGUGCAAUAAAAAUCUUUGCACCUUGUUCGUUACUGGUUGGUAUAUGUUCUCCAAGGUGGAGAACUUUCAAAGUAACUGGGAGAGAUCAAGGAACUGAUGCGAUCUUGAACUAGACAAUUCACUUUGCUGAAUUGAUCAGACAUCAUUCUCUCUUGCGGAUGGUUUUGACAAACGCCCACAAAAAUUAGAACAUGAUUUGGAAUCCCAAAUCAUAUUUUUUGGUGAAUUUGGGAUUUUGAAAUCAUGAUCCCAAAUUGGAUGUCCAAAAGUUGAUUUGAAAUAUGACUUCAUAUUGCACAUCCAAACGCCACAAGCUAAAAUACUAGCUCGACCAUCAGCGAAGGGCCUUGGCAAGUGCCGGUGUAUCUCAACAACGUGAAUGUGUGGCUUUUGCAGUUCCAUCAACAAUCAACCAAGCGCGUAUGCACUGAUUUCCUAGUUUCACUUCAGUUUACGGUUCUACUUUAAUCCCAUGACCUGGUUCUGCUGGUGAGUAUUUCUCAAGAAACAUGAGAUAUCUACUUUAGCAACAAACAAAACAAUAUGCAUUUCUCUAUAAGGUAUUGAAGAGAAAGUUUGCAUAA